AUGAUUCUUCGGCUCACUUUUUGCCUUCUGGCCAUCGCCGCUGCUACAGUAUGCUCGAAGAAAGUGGAGCAAGUUCACUUGAGUCUGAGUGGAAAGCCGGAUGAGAUGGUGGUGACUUGGCUUACACUGGAUCCAUUACCCAAUGUGACGCCCUACGUCGCUUUUGGUGUCACCAAGGACUCGUUGAGGCUCACUGCUAAAGGGAACACAACUGGAUGGGCGGAUCAAGGGAAGAAGGGAAAAAUGAGGUACACGCAUCGGGCGACAAUGCAGAAUAUGGUAGCUGGGCAGCUUUAUUACUACCAAGUGGGAAGCUCCCAGGAAAUGUCUGAAAUCUUCCAUUUCCGUCAGCCUGACCAAUCCCAACCACUUCGUGCUGCUAUCUUUGGCGACUUGAGUAUCUACAAGGGCCAACAGAGCAUUGAUCAGUUGAUAGCCGCCAGGAAGGAUAACCAAUUCGACUUGAUCAUUCAUAUCGGUGACUUGGCGUAUGAUCUACAUGACCAGGAUGGAAGUACUGGGGAUGACUAUAUGAAUGCGAUUGAGCCGUUUGCAGCUUAUGUUCCAUAUAUGGUGUUUGCUGGAAACCAUGAAGUGGACAGUAACUUCAACCACAUCACCAAUAGAUUCACCAUGCCCAGAAACGGGGUCUACGACAAUAACCUUUUCUGGAGCUUUGACUACGGUUUCGUCCACUUCAUCGCCUUAAACUCCGAGUACUACGCCGAAGAGAUGUCUAAGGAGUCCCAAAAACAAUUCAAGUGGUUGGAACAAGACUUGGCAAGUAACAAUAAGAAAUGGACCAUUGUGAUGUUCCAUAGACCAUGGUACUGUUCUAGCAAAAAGAAGAAGGGAUGUCAUGAUGACGAAGAUAUUUUGUCAAGGGAAGGAUUGACGGAUAAGUUCCCUGGACUCGAGGAGUUGUUGAAUCAACAUAAAGUGGAUUUGAUCUUAUACGGACAUAAGCAUACUUACGAGAGAAUGUGGCCGAUUUUCAACAAGGAGCCAUUCAAGUCAUCCGACCCGACCCAUAUCAAGAAUGCCCCUGCACCAGUGUACAUUCUGACUGGAGGAGCGGGAUGCCACUCCCACGAGGACCCAUCCGACCAUAUCAUCCAGGACUUCUCUGUCAAGGCACUCGGGGAAUAUGGGUACACUUUCCUGACUGUCUACAAUUCCACUCAUUUGUCCACUGACUUUGUGGACACUUCGGAAACGACCGGAAAGUUUUUGGAUCCUUUCGUUUUGGAGAAGAAUUGA